AUGACCGAAAAACGCUCUCAAAAUUGGCUUGUCUGCUUGGGUCGAGGUCAAUCUGAAGAUAUAAUUUAUAGUACAGAUGCUCGUAACUUUUAUAAUAAUUUAAGCGAUCCAUUUGAAGGCCAACCAUUUGUACCAAAGAUUUGUGGUGGUUUCUUUCUUAUGCGUCCAACAGAACCUACAAUUCACCUACUUGAAGAUUUAAGUAAAACAAUGAACAUUGACUCAAGCGCUAAUGAUCAAUGGACUAUAGAUAGACUUUUAAAUAGUCGUUAUAAUUCUACAAAUAAUAUAUUUAUUGACGAUCCAACUCGUACUUGGCUUGUUGAACCUUUACCAUCGGGAGUAGAACGAAGAAAUACAAGCGUGAGAACAAACAGUUCAAUCAAGCUUCGUCUAUUAGAUCAAGCAGCCUAUAUUAGUGGACAUAUUUAUGGUUCAUCAAAUGAUCGAUACUGGCAGGAAAUACAAAAAUUUGAAAAAUGGAAUCCAUUUUUUCAGCGCAUUAUGGUACAUGCCAAUACAUGGGAUGAAGACAAAGUACAAAUGAUAAAAAGAAAUCGUUUAUGGCUCUUAGGGCCCGAUGAUGUCUGUAUUUUAUAA